AUGCCUCCAAACGCAAACAAGAAGGCACCCGCUGUCAAGAGAAAGUUCGUCAUCGACUGCAAGCAACCUGCCAAUGACAAGAUCUUCGAUACCAGCGCUUUCGAGAAGUUCCUCCAGGAGAACCUCAAGGUCGAUGGUUUGAAGAGUAACUUUGGUGAUAAGGUCCAUGUUACCAAGGAUGGUGAGAGCAUUAAGAUUGAGACUUCGGUUAACUCCGGUCAUUACCUUAAGUACUUGACCAAGAAGUUCCUCAAGAAGAACCAAUUGAGAGAUUGGCUUCGUGUGGUUUCUACCUCCAAGGGCGUCUACGAAUUGAGAUUCUUCAACGUUGUUGGUGAUGAUGCCGAGGAGGAUGAGGAAUAG